GUCAGACUCCCUCCCCUCUGGCGGCCAAGGGAGGUUGCUUAGCGCUAGGGGGACGCAGCCGCCCCGCCCCCUGAAACGGGAACCAAUAGGAGCCUCGGGUCCCGCCCCCUGGGCCAUCCCUUCCCGGCUACUAUUUAGAAGCCGAUCAGCAACGCGCCGGGAGAGAGCUAGGGAAGCAGGAGGGCGCCUCACAACCUGGGGAUGAGGGAGCAGGAGCAGUCGACCGUGCGAGGCGGAACCCGCAUCGUGCCUCCUUGGCCAUGAGCCACCCGGCACCACACACGUCGAACCAGAGCAGAAGUGGGUGAGUCCUGGAGCUGCGACCUGCACAGGGCUGCCCUGUCCCAUCCCUGGUGGUCGCCGCCAUGGCCUGGCUGGUGCUGCUGGGCACACUGCUGUGCAUGCCGCGGGGUGGGUUAGGCUUCCGGGACUCGGAGGGCUUCCCGCCCCCUGCGCCCCACAGCUGUCCCCACAAAUGCGUCUGCGCUGCCGACCUGGUGAGCUGCGCAGGCCUUGGGUUGCAGGACGUGCCUACCGUGUUACCUGCCGCUGCUGCAGACCUCGACCUGAGCCACAACGCGCUCCAGCGCCUGCGCCCCGGCUGGUUGACGCCCCUCUCCCGGCUGCGCGACCUACGCCUAGGCCACAACGAGCUCGAUGUACUGGGUCGCGGCGUCUUCACCAAUGCCAGCGGCCUGAGGCUGCUCGAUCUAUCAUCUAAUGCCUUGCGAGCGCUUGGCCGCCACGACCUCGACGGCCUGGGGGCGCUGGAGAGGCUGUUUCUUUUCAACAAUCGCCUUGCGCACUUGGACGAGCAUGCCUUCCACGGCCUGAGCGCGCUCAGCCAUCUCUACCUGGGCUGCAACGAACUCGUGUCCUUCUCUUUCGACCACCUGCACGGUCUGGGUGCCACCCACCUGCGUACUCUGGACCUCUCCUCCAAUCGGCUGGGACGCAUCUCUGUACCAGAGCUGGCCGCACUGCCAGCCUUCCUCAAGAAUGGCCUCUACUUGCACAACAACCCGCUGCCCUGCGACUGCCGCCUUUACCACCUGCUGCAGCGCUGGCACCAGCGGGGCCUAAGCGCCAUGCGCGACUUCGCGCGUGAGUACACGUGCCUGGCCUUCAAUGUACCCAUGUCCCGCGUGCGCUUCUUCGAGCACACCCGUGUCUUCGAGAACUGCUCUGCUGCCCCAGCUCUUGGCCUAGAGCGGCCAGAAGAGCAGCUGCACGCGCAGGCGGGUCGGUCCCUGAGGCUAUACUGCAACACCAGCGCCCCGGCCGUGCGCAUCGCCUGGGUUUCGCCGGAGAAUGAGCUGCUCGUGGCGCCAGGAUCCCGCGACGGUAGCAUCGCGGUGCUGGCAGACGGCAGUUUGGCCAUAGGCAACGUGCAGCAGCGGCAUGCGGGUGUCUUCGUGUGCCUGGCCACCGGGCCCCGCCUGCACCACAACCAGACACACGAGUACAACGUGAGCGUGCACCUCUCGCGCCCCGAGCCAGAGGCCUUCAAUACGGGCUUCACCACGCUUCUGGGCUGCGCGGUGGGCCUGGUGCUAGUGCUGCUCUACCUGUUCGCACCGCCCUGCCGGGGCUGCUGCCGCUGCUGCCGUCGUGCCUGCCGCUGCCGCCGCUGGCCCCGAACCCCCAGCCCGCUCCAGGAGCUGAGCGCGCAGUCCUCCGUACUCAGCGCCACCCCGCCAGAGGCACCCAGCCGCAAGGCCAGUGUCCACAAGCACGUGGUCUUUCUGGAGCCAGGCAGGAGGGGCCUCAGUGGGCGCGUGCAGCUGGCGGUAGCUGAGGACUUCGAUCUCUGCAACCCCGUGGGCCUGCGGCUCAAGGCUGGCUCCGAGUCUGCUAGCUCCACAGGCUCGGAGGGUCUCGUGAUGACCUAGGCUGCCCAGGGGCCCCACUCAGGCCCCCACCCUCCUGCUGCUUGCCCUGCUCCCUGCUGCGGCCCGGAGAACUGCCACAUGCUGGAGGGAAGCACUGUGUCUCCUCCCCUGGCCUCCUGUAUGGGCCUUACUUGAACCACAAUGGCCCUACUUACUGGUAGGGGGCCUGCAGUCCCCAACUUGCCUCCUGCUCUGCCCCAACAAAGGCCCCAGGCCCUUCUAGGGUCUGCUAGUGCUGGCUUUCCCUGGGACCACCCAGUGCCCAAAUGCCCCAUGAGGAUUGGGGAUGGAGGCACCAUCCUGAGUGGUAUAGAAGAGCUGAAGCGUAACCACCUAACCCUUCCCAAGGUGCUGGGGAGGGAGUGGGCCCACAGGCGAAAAGGAGGAGGGCUCUGUAGGAAGCUCUAGCCCCCAACUCCAGGACAGAAGGAAAAAACAAGGCCUCCCUCUGGUGAAACAGGACUCCCCCAUGCACCAACGUCCAACCUACUGAAAGCUUCACAACUUCAUGCAGAGUCUGAGAGGCAGAUAUAUGGCAGGCAAGGCUGCUUGAGAGACCCCUGGGGGGCCUGACCUGAGCCCCAGCCAGAGUGGCCCCACUGUCUCUGGCCAGGGGCAUCCAGCUGUCACUCGGAAGGCAGAGCCCAUUACGGACAGCAGUGAAGGGCAUCGUGGCUAGCGCCCCCCACUUUUCAACAGUAAAAAGCCUGGCGAACAUGGCCAAGCUGGGAGGGCUGAGCUGGAACUCCAUGUCCCUUGAGGGCAGGAGCCUCUUAAGGGCUGGCACUGGUCUCAGCCUAAUGGCUGAGGCGGUGCCCUGGCUUUAUAUGCAUCUCACCACUCCCAAUGCAGGGAGGCAGGGAAGAGAGGUCUGGGAACCCCUCAUGGGUGGGGGCUGAGCCGGGGGCCCCAUGGGUGUCCUGGGCUCAACUGUUACAGAGUUUCUUAAUAAAGGCGGUACAUGCUCGCUGCUGGAGCCUGCGCAAAGGUA